GCGGCCAUUUGAUGCGCUUGGCUCGGCAUCUUCCAUCACUAUGCAGCGCUCUGGCUCGAACAAGAAGCUGCAGCUGGAUCGUUCACUCUCGUCCACAUCGAUCACAAAUGGUAAGCCGUCAGGGUCUAUGGGCCCUGCCGGCGAAGCUGCAGAAGAGAGUCCAGCGUACAAUGGACUGGAGGAAUACCGGAAAGAGGCCAUCUAUAGACGCUUUCUGGAGGGGCAGAGAGAUCUCGUCCGAGCGGAGAGGCGAAUAUCGUCCAUGCAACAUGAGCUCCAAGCGUUCGAACAAAGGUCAAAUACCUUUCAGCAAUCAUGGAGCGUACUGGUGGAUGACAUCAAGUCGCUUGUUAAAGGCGCUUCCCUAAGGGGGCAGCAGCAAGAUCUUUUUUCUGCAAUCGACGCAAGUAAAGGCGUGCGAGAUCCUGGAUCGCUGCAGAAAGCGAUGCUACGAUCGUCGGAGGCCAUUUGUGCCAUCGUCAAGCUUCUGGCUUCCGAUGGGACGUCCCUCCAACCUUCAGAAGCUGAGCUGCAAGGGAGAUGCCACCAGCUGGCUCAAGAGGCUGCUACUCUGCGCCAUCAAGCAGAUGCUACGCAGGCGUCUUUUGAGCGGGCAGGAGUCGAGCUUCAUGAUGCGCUCGAAAAGCUGCGGCGGGCAGAGCGGCAGCGAGAUCGACUGCUUUCGCCCUCUGUGCGGGCUGUGGAGAGAACGGCGGACCCUCCCGAGGAGGCUGUGCAACUCACAGAUACAGGGAAGGCUGAGACGCCGAUACCAGAGCCAUCAAAACCAAAGGAGGGAAUCCCUGCUGAUCACGAGGGCAUGUCUACCGCGAGCGGCAUGGUGAAUGAUGUGAAGCAUGCAGAGCAAGUCGAGGAUUUACAGCGAUUGGCAUCAUCCCGACUAACCGAGGCGGAAGGGUUGCGGCAGGAACUCCUUGCGAUAAGGAUGGAGAACGACAGGCUCAGGUCAGAGAUGCUACAAAUACCAGAUGCCAAAAUUGCAGAAAGCGUCAGCUAUUUGGAGCUGCGCAAACAUGCCGUCGAGCUUCAAACACAGCUGUCGCGAGCAAAAGCAGAGUGGGAAGCAACCCAAGUGGAGAACGUCGAGCUGCGGGAGUCCAGACAGGCUUUUGAGCAGCUGCACAAGGAUCAAAGUGCUUUGGUCGUCGACGAGCUGCGCAAGCAGAUCGCGGCGAAGGAUGCAGAUACUCUACGCUUGCGCACGCAGCGCGACGAUCUACAAGCGGAUGUGGCGGAGAGGAAGCACAAGGAGGCUGUCAAAAGCACCCAGGUGCAAGAAAUCAAGGCUCUCGCCUCGCUCAAAGAGCAGAAAGUGGACAAGCUGCGGCACGAUAUCAGGCGACUACAGCUCGUGCUCUCAGGUAGGAGAGGCGACUUGACGACUUUCCAGUGCCUUUUUAGCGCCGAACAAGAUGGCGCCACGCUGCAGGAUGAAGACGUGGAUGUGGAAGGGAAGCUCAAAAAGCAACUUGACACCCUCCAAUCUUCGCUAGACGACUUACAGACGCGGUACGAUGCUCUUCAUACAUCUUUUACUGCAGGCGCCGACGUGGCGAAACAGACGUCAGACCUGGCAGUGAGAGUCAAAAUCUUGGAAUCCCUUGUCCGGGAUGAAAGUGGCGCGGACGCGACCGAGCGGCUCAAGUCACAGGAAGCGCUUAUCAAGUCGCUGACAGCUCAAGUGGAGGCCACCGAUAAGACCAUCGAGGAGCUCGUCGGGGAGAUUGACAGGCUUGGCAGCGCAUCGUCCGAAGCGGAAAAACAAUUCACCAGCAAGGUCAUUGAGCUGAGUCGCUUAGAAGACAAGAUCGCCCGGUUGACUACCGAGAAAUCUAAAGCGGACAACAAGUACUUCUCCGCCAUGCGGGCUCGCGAUGCCCUGGACGCUGAGAAGCAGGUUCUCAAUCGGACGCUGGAGCGGCAGACUGCGGUGAUCGAGCAAUACAUGGACACGGAGAAGCGAUUCGGGGCACAGCUCCAGAUGCACGAAGAGGAGGUGACGCUUUUGCGCAAGAGUCUAGAGGAGCACAUGACAAAGCUGGCAGAAAUGAACAUUGCGGUCGAGCGCGCAAUGGCAAAGGAGAGGGAAGCGGUCGCAAUGGCUCAGCAGCUGGACGCGUUGGCGAAGUCGCGCAUGGAGAGCUUGGACCAGGCAAGCGCGGCAAAGGCACGCCUGGAGGAGAGGGUGGCGCAGCUCGAGAAGGAUCUGGAACGAGGCAAGAAAGCGAUCGCAAGCAACAGCAAUAGCGGCGGCGGACGAAAGAGCAGCCUCAGCAAUGCAGACGGAGAGCUGGAAGCAUUGAAUUCUCUCCUCCGCUGUUCGUCUUGCAAGGAACGAUAUCGAGAUCGUGUUAUCACAAAGUGCAUGCACACGUUCUGCGCACCGUGCGUUGAUUCGCGCAUCCAGACAAGACAACGCAAGUGUCCUCAUUGUGGCCUGGCCUUUGCUGUCAGCGAUGUCCAGCCAUUAUACCUGCAAUGAACGAGCUCCGCUUCCAGCACUCUCAGUGCCCACCUUCUACGUGCCCACUUGCGGACGCCCAGUCACUGUUCAAGAUGUAUUUCUCAUCGUAGUUUCUGUAGAAACAAAGUCAGAUGGACCAUU